CGAUAACUCAACGUUGUUUUGAGGUUAUUUAAUUAAAUUAACAAAACAUUAAACUACCGAACAACAUUAAACACGCUAAAAUACAAUACUAAAACUAUAUAUACCUUUCUUGGAUUCAUAGAGAAAAGAUUAUAAAACAUGGAUGCUGAUUUGUAUGAUGAAUUUGGUAAUUAUAUUGGUCCAGAAUUAGAUAGUGAUGAUGACGAAGAGGAAGAGCAAGAACAACUGGAUGAAGAUGAUCAACAAGAAUAUGAUGAUGAACAAAUGGAAGAUGAACCGCAGCCUAUGGCUAUUGUUUUACAUGAAGAUAAACAGUAUUAUCCCUCAGCUCUUCAAGUUUAUGGGCCUGAUGUAGAAACUAUCGUCCAAGAAGAAGAUGCCCAACCUCUGGAUGUUCCUUUAAUAGAACCUGUGAAAAAGAAAAAGUUUCAAUUGAAAGAACAAGAUUUGCCUGACACAGUGUACAGCAUGGAAUUUUUGGCUGAUAUGAUGGAUAAUACAACUCUUAUCAGAAAUGUUGCAUUAGUUGGUCAUCUACAUCAUGGCAAAACUUCAUUUGUUGAUUGUCUCAUUAGACAAACACAUCCUACUUAUCAGGACAACGAAGAGAAAAAUUUACGCUACACAGAUAUAUUGUUUACGGAACAAGAAAGGGGAUGCUCAAUCAAGUCCAUUCCUGUUACGUUGCUUUUGCAGGAUAUAAAAAACAAAAGUUAUCUCAUGAACAUAUUUGAUACACCAGGUCAUGUUAAUUUCUCUGAUGAAGUAACUGCGGCCAUGCGAUUGUGUGAUGGUGUUGUACUUUUUGUUGACGCAGCAGAAGGUGUCAUGUUGAAUACUGAAAGACUCCUUAAACAUGCUGUACAAGAGCAAUUGCAAAUUACCAUUUGCAUAAACAAAAUCGAUAGACUUGUUUUGGAACUUAAAUUGCCACCUCAGGAUGCAUACUAUAAAUUAAGGCAUAUUGUCGAAGAAAUUAAUGGUUUGUUAACGUUGUAUUCAGAUGAUGCUAAUCCUCAAAUUGUAUCACCAGUACUAGGUAAUGUUUGCUUCGCUAGUUCACAGUAUGGAAUAUGUUUUACUCUUAAGUCGUUUGCAAACAUUUAUAACUUGCACUAUGGAGAUGUCAAUAUUGAAGAAUUCUCAAAGCGAUUAUGGGGUGACAUUUAUUUCAACACUAAAACGAGAAAAUUUACAAAGAAAGCCCCACACAAUUCAGCUCAAAGAAGUUUUGUUGAGUUUAUUUUAGAACCUCUCUAUAAGAUAUUCGCACAGGUUGUGGGAGAUGUGGAUGCCUCAUUGCUUGAUGUACUAGACGAAUUAGGAAUAAAGCUUACCAAAAACGAAAUGAAGUUGAACAUUAGGCCAUUGUUACGGUUGGUGUGUCAGAAAUUUUUAGGAGACUUCAGUGGUUUUGUAAAUAUGUGUGUGGAACAUAUACGCUCCCCAUUAGACAAUGCCAAAACAAAAAUUGAUCAUGUCUACACAGGCCCGAAUACUAGUAAGGUAUAUGAUGAUAUGGUAAAUUGUGAUCAGGAAGGAAUACUUAUGGUUCACAGUUCGAAAAUGUAUCCAACAGAAGAUUGUACAUUUUUCCAAGUUCUUGGAAGGGUCAUGAGUGGUACUCUACAUGCAGGUACAGAUGUUCGCAUAUUGGGAGAAAACUAUACCAUACAAGAUGAAGAAGAUUCUAGGAUAUUGACAGUGGGCCGUUUAUGGAUUUAUGAAUCAAGGUACAAAGUGGAAUUGAAUCGAGUACCAGCAGGUAAUUGGGUUCUCAUAGAGGGAAUAGAUCAAUCUAUAGUCAAGACAGCUACAAUAACAGACUUAUCAGUUGCUGAAGACUUGUAUAUAUUCAGACCUUUAAAAUUCAAUACACAAAGCAUUAUUAAAAUCGCAGUAGAACCAGUAAAUCCAUCGGAGUUACCAAAGAUGUUAGACGGUCUCCGAAAAGUUAAUAAAUCUUAUCCACUUUUAACAACAAGAGUAGAGGAAAGUGGUGAACAUGUGGUAUUGGGUACGGGAGAGCUGUAUCUAGAUUGUGUAAUGCACGAUUUGAGAAAAAUGUAUUCUGAAAUUGAUAUCAAAGUUGCUGAUCCUGUAGUAGCGUUUUGCGAGACUGUAGUAGAAACAUCAAGUUUAAAAUGUUUUGCUGAAACUCCGAACAAAAAGAACAAGUUAACGAUGAUAGCUGAACCUUUGGAGAAGGGUCUUGCAGAGGAUAUAGAAAACGAAAACGUGCAGAUCGGUUGGAAUAAAAAGAAACUUGGUGAAUUCUUUCAAACAAAGUACGAUUGGGAUUUGCUUGCUGCUAGAAGUAUUUGGGCGUUUGGUCCUGAUAACACAGGUCCCAACAUUCUCGUUGAUGAUACACUUCCAUCUGAAGUAGACAAAGGUCUUCUUAGUUCUGUUAAAGAUUCCAUCGUACAAGGGUUUCAGUGGGGUACUAGAGAAGGACCUCUUUGUGAAGAACCGAUCAGAAAUACCAAAUUUAAAAUUCUUGACGCGGUUAUAGCCAACGAACCUUUACAUAGAGGAGGAGGUCAAAUUAUACCCACUGCCAGGAGAGUCGUAUAUUCAGCAUUUUUGAUGGCCACCCCGAGGUUAAUGGAACCCUAUUUAUUCGUUGAAGUACAAGCUCCUGCUGAUUGUGUAUCAGCUGUGUACACCGUUUUAGCAAAAAGAAGGGGUCACGUUACGCAAGAUGCACCUGUGCCUGGCUCACCUUUGUACACGAUAAAAGCUUUUAUUCCAGCUAUCGAUAGUUUUGGUUUUGAGACUGAUCUAAGGACACAUACUCAAGGGCAAGCAUUUUGUCUUUCAGUAUUCCAUCAUUGGCAGAUUGUACCCGGAGAUCCUCUGGAUAAAACCAUAAUAAUUAGACCACUUGAACCUCAACCAGCUACACAUUUGGCCAGAGAAUUUAUGAUAAAAACAAGGAGGAGAAAGGGUCUCAGCCAAGAUGUAUCAAUCAAUAAAUUCUUCGACGAUCCUAUGUUGCUGGAAUUGGCCAGGCAAGAUGUCAUGUUAAAUUAUCCACUUUUGUAAAUAGUUUCGAAAAU